UGUUGUGACGCAGUAAUCCCGCACAGAAAUCGACCGGUAUUGCUGGCUGCUCCGUUUCUUGCCUCCCCAGUCCAACGACGACAACAAAGCCGCAUGUUUUGUGCCUCUCCGAAUCGCGCAGUCACGCGUCCCACCCGAACCGAGCCGAGCGGACCGCCGGACGCCGCCUGUUCAUCAAGCGCGAGUCCUAUGAUCGGGGGCGCCCCAGCGGAAGCACACGCUAUUGCCAGGGGGCUUCUGUUCUGUCUUUUGCUUUUUCUUUCGUUUUCUCACAGCGAAAGCAGCGCGCAUCAAGAAAGGAAAAAACAAACAUCAACCAUGAUGGCCACAGAUUUUGCCCUGGAGCUGUUCCGCACUCUGAGCCGACCCGAUCCGGCCAAGAACAUCUUCGUCUCUCCGCUGAGCAUCAGCUCGGCGAUGGCGAUGGUCUACCUGGGUGCUAAAGGUGACACUGCGACUCAGAUGGCAAAGGCCCUCUCAUUCAGCAACGGUGAAGGCGUCCAUGCGGAUUUCCAAACCCUAAACGCCGACAUAAACUCCCCGUCUGCUUCGUACAUCCUGAAAGUGGCCAACCGUCUUUAUGGAGAGACCACGUCUAAGUUUCUCCCCAAAUUCCUGGAAGACACACAGAAGUUCUACCAGGCAGACCUGAAGCCUGUUGAUUUUAUUGGAAAUCCAGAGGACUCCAGAACGGAGAUCAACAACUGGGUGGAGCAGCAGACAGAGAAUAAGAUUAAAGAUCUACUGAAGCCAGGGACCGUGACUCCAAUGACAAGACUGGCUCUGGUGAAUGCCAUCUACUUCAAAGGAAACUGGAUGAGUCGCUUUGAUGCGACGAACACCAAGGAGAUGCCGUUUAAAGUCAACCUGAAUGAGACAAAGAUGGUCCAGAUGAUGUACCAGAUGAAAAAGCUGCCCUACAACUACAUCCCUGACUUGGGACUGCAGAUCCUGGAGCUUCCGUACGUGAAUCAGGAGCUCAGCAUGUUCAUCCUGCUGCCAGAGUUGGCUACAAGCGAUUCAGACCCUUUAGUGAAGCUGGAAAACGAGCUGACGCCAGCGAAGCUGGAGGAAUGGACCGACAGAGCAAACAUGGACACCCAAACCGAAAUCAUCAUCCACCUGCCAAAGUUCAAACUGGAGGAGGAUUAUGAGCUCAAGGACCAUCUGUCCAAGAUGGGCAUGACGGACGUGUUCUGCGCCGGCAAGGCUGACCUGACGGGCAUGAACGCAGAGGGGGGGCUCUUCUUGUCUACGGUGGCCCACAAGGCCUUUGUGGACGUGAACGAAGAGGGCACGGAAGCUGCGGCCGCCACAGCCGGCAUGGUGUCCUUCUGCAUGUUGCGGGAGGAGCACUUCCAGGCAGACCACCCUUUCCUCUUCUUCAUCCGGCACAACAAGACGAAGUCCAUCCUCUUCUUCGGCAGGUUCUCAUCUCCUCAGUAGAACUGACGCGCUACAUUUAAUAGUAAGAUAAAAGCUAUAAAAGGUUGGCUUUUAUCAACUAAUUCUUUGCUUUCUGUUAAUUUUGCCUGAGAAUUAAUGACAAUAAAAAUAUAUGCAAAAAG